CCGGCUAAGUCCCGCCCCCAAGUGACCAGGAAGAAGCUGUCAGAUGGACUCCACGCCUCAUCUGCCCAUGUUUUAUCAACCUGUCUCCUGCUCUGUACACAUGUAGCGUCGGAAACUGCUGUCUGUCUGUUUGUCCGUCGUCCGCCUGUCUGUCUGAACCAUGUCUGUCCUUAACACCACUGUAAAACUGCUGGUGUUCGCCGGAGUCACCGUCCUGACCGUGCUGCUGCUGCGGCACUGGAUGGCCACCAAGCAGUAUGUUUUCAACAAAGAAGACGUCGCCAAAUUGGCCAAACAGCACGCAGGACAGGACCACGAACAGGCCUUCUCCAAGGUGGUGGUGGAGCUUAGAAAGAGGUACCCGGGCCACAUCCUGCCAGAUGAGGACCUGCAGUGGGUGUUUGUGAACGCAGGAGGCUGGAUGGGCUCCAUGUGUCUGCUGCACGCUUCGCUCACCGAGUACGUGCUGCUGUUUGGCACUGCUGUGGACACAGGAGGGCACUCAGGUCGUUACUGGGCAGAAAUCUCUGACACCAUCAUCUCAGGCACCUUCAGACAGUGGAAAGAAGGAACUACGAAAAGUGAAAUAUACUACCCUGGUGACACCAUUGUACACGGUGUAGGAGAGGCCACAUCGGUCCAGUGGAGCGCCGGGACGUGGAUGGUGGAGUACGGCCGUGGAUUUAUCCCGUCCACGCUGGGCUUCGCUCUGGCUGACACACUGUUCAGCACGCAGGACUUUCUCACCAUGUUUUAUACUGUACGUGUCUACAUCAAGGGAAUGCUGCUGGAGGCUGGCACGCUGCUGACAGAGAUGGGAGUUUUCUGAGGCGCUGCCAAGGAUCGAACACCCACACAAGGACAUGGACACUAGACCGGGCUCCCAGUGGGCUUGAAAAUCCCUGAAACAGUGGAUUUGAAAAAAUAAAUAAGGCCUUCGAAGUUUUUGAAAAUGACUCUAUGGUCUAUGGUCUUGACAGUGCUUGUUUUUUUUUUUGUUUUGUUUUGUUUUGUUUUGAUUUGAUUUUUUUUAAAUCCAGCACACAAAUACAUCAAUAUGUCUCACCUCGAUCCAGCCUUGUAUAAACACUAAACAUGUCCUGAGGAAAACCCUGUGAUUCCACCAGGAUUUCUUCUCUGUGCUGACCAUGGCAUGUCGAAUGCCAAAAGAUGCCAGAUUUGAGUGCUUGAAUUUCACAGCAAUGUGUUGUUGCUGACUGACAGCAGGGUGUAAUCCCCGAAAUAAGCUGAACCCUGUGGUUUUGUCCUAAAGUUUGGCCAAACGGUGCAAUAUCAUUGUGGUGCAUGCACAGAGACUGCCAGAUCCGCGGUUUGAGACCAACCGAAACUUUUAUGGGAGUAAGCUGCUUAGAUUAUUAAAGUGACUAAAGUCAGUUCAAUACAUCCUCCAAGGUUGGUGGAUGUAUUGAACUAACGGUUCCCUGUCGUGAGAAUGGAGAGUCACCAGGAGUGUACUGCCUCAAAAUGAAUGAAGUACAUACAGACAGGAAAACAACACAAUUUUGAGUGGUAACACAAAGCUGGAAAAUUGUUCUUGAAGGAUGCACAACAACACACAUUUGUUUUGGUAUCACUUUAAUCGUUUUUUUCAGUCCCCUGGUUUCCAAGAUGGCGAAACUGCUUUCUGCCAUAGAGCUGCCACUGUAUCACCCUGUAGGUGGAAUAUGAGACCACAGCGCCACUGCUGAAGGACACAGUGGCAGUGCUGUGGCAGAAAAUAGGUCAACCAUUUUGGAAGCCUGGGAGCUAAAAAAAGCAUUGAAAGUGACACUUGAAGCUUUGUGUCAUCGAUUUAAUGGACCAAACUCGGGAUGUAUUACAUUCUCAUGACCAGCAAAUACCACUACAUGGGUAUGAAUCUGAACCAUCACUUAAAGUUUACACAUUUAACCAUUUCCAGGUCUAUUUAAAACUACUGGUCUAAAACUGCAGUGUUUCUCCACACCGGUGGCCCAGUAUAUCUCACCCAGUAGGGGGCUGUAUUAAGUAUGGCUGGUCCCAGUUAUGAGAUGUCUGUCUUCAAAUCUACCCCGCAAUGGAAAGAGUCAGCCCAUCCUCUUUUGCAAUUUCUAACAUUAACACUAGUAUUGUCGCAAUCAUAAAUUCAAUGUUUGGUCUGACAGUGGCAAUAGAGGAAAGGUCAUAUAGUCACAAAAAUCAGAGAGGUUGCUCUCUGGGUGGCCAUGGAUCUACACAGCAAAUUUGAGAAGAUUCAAAUCUCUGAUGAGGCGAAUUCGGGGGUACAAGUGUGUGGAUCCUGAUGAGAAAUGCACCUUUUGACUUGCACAGCUUAGACCCCAGGCCACUAAUGGCCAGUGGGUUGGGAUACUCAUGAUUUCAAGUUUAAAUAUUUAAUCUUAUUCCACUUCUUACAUGGGCAGGCUGUCUUCUGAGAUAGCAACAAAAUGUUUGACUGCAAGCCAAGCUUUUUAGUCUCAAAAUUUACCAUAUCACAUCAAACAGUAUAAAUCCUGAACUGCUACACGUUGCACCCUGAAUUUUGUCAUAAAUCAAGGUUCAACAAAGGGUGUGUUUCACAGCAAAACUGUUAACACCCAACAAGAACUUGUCCGGAACUGAGCCUUAGAUAGUCGCCCAUAGCUGCUCAGUGAUGUUACUGUGUUAAUCGAUGAAAUAAUUGACAUUCCUUUAAGAAGUACCACACUGCCUUCAUGGUGAGGUCCUCUGUCCUUUGAAGAUGGAAUUAUACACAAACUCCAAUACCACUAAAUCUGGCUUUAAGAAAUUAUACCCAUCCCCUUUGUCACAAGUAGUCUCCGUAAAAGUUAGUCCCUGUAGUCAAAGCUGAGAAUCCAAAGGGUUUCAUUUUUGCUCAGGUUUUGAUCUGAGAGCUGCAGUGGCUGGUUGAUGGCCAAAAACCUAUUAUCCUGCCAUGUUGAAAACAUAAAUUGUAGAAUGCCAGCGCUGUGAUAUUAGAACUGGUUAUUCAUCAUUUGCACAAGGAACCAGUUCAGAACUAUGCAAUGUUUAAUUUUGGCAUGUCACGAAAACAUACUCAAAAUAUUUAAGUUAAAGUCAAAGCCCGUCUUUUGAUAUGUUCACAAUCUGACCCCGUUCAAAAACAUCCCCUGGAUAUGUUCAGGAAUACUUCCUAUAUGAUGAGGAUGAUGAGGAUGAUGAGGAUGUGUGUGUGUGUGUGUGUGUGUGAGAUGCCCAGCUUGCCCUAAUCUGGGCCAUUUUACUCAAAUUCAUCAGAUUCCCAACUCAGCAGUGAUUUCAUCUUUAUAGUAACUCAUUCUCAGUGUGUGCUUGACAAAGUAACUUCAGUGUACCAGUGGAUUUCAGACAUUUUAAUGGGAUGAUUUUCAAUUUUGCUUUUUUUUUUUUUUUUUUUUUAAACCCAAACCUUUCUUGGUUGGGGUUCAAAAGCUUUUACCACAAAUCACGGUAAAGAAUAUCUACUAAAACUGACAGUUUUCAGCCCUGAUACUGUGUCUUUAGAGUAAUUUUGAUAUUUGUCUCUCAAACAAGACUGCUGUACUGUCCUGUAAACUCCUGUUGUAUUAUACUGUAACUUCUCAACUUCUCCUUUUCUGUACGAGUCAUGUAACAGUACGGUCAAAGAGAUGUAAAAAAAUUACAUUAAGUCAAGAUUAUUUUAGAUUGGUGGUGGUGAUUUUUGAGCUUGCAAUCCAAACGCAACUCUAGAAUAUUUUUCAAAAAACUGCAUAUUGUGGGGAGGACUUGAAUGAUAUUGAUGAAGCAAGAUUAUUUAGCUACCAUCUGUUUGCACUACACCAAAAAGAAAAAAAAAAACUAAGCCUGGAAUUAACUUGCUAUUAAAAGGCAGUUGCAUAAUGGCAAAUGA